AUGCAGGAUAAGCGCGCCAUGAGGAAGCGAUGCGUCCCUGGAGUCGAGCUCUCAAGAGCGAGCGGGUGGGUGAGAGUGGUGGCGAGCAAAGACUGGAGCCGCCAUGAAGUGAUCGGGGAGCUCUGCGGAGAGAUGUCUCAUGGAGGAGAAGGGAGGGAGAGCUCUGGUCGGUCUGUCCUCCGCGUCAGCUUCCAUGCGCAGGGUAACGAACUGAACUUCCUUCGGCAUCGGUCGCAAGUGGAAGCUCAAGAGAACGUCAGGAUGGCGGGGAACUGCGAGGUAGUCAUGGCAGUUGUCCGCGAGAUCCCAUGCCUGCUGGUUGUGAGCACAGAGGAAGUUCGCGAGGGUUCAGAACUCAUUCUAGACAACUCAGAAUACUCCAUGGAGUCAAACACCUAUGUCAUCGGCAACGACAAGUUGCACGUCACUUUCUCACUCUCUGAUCCCAUUCAUGCACAAACGCUAUCAGAUGGCAACGUGAAGGAGGGAGCUAACAGCAGACCUUCAUGGCCGACUGACUUGUCCUACUCUCUUGAACCAUCGCUGACUCUUGGCAAACAAGACAAGGAGGAUAUGAGGUCGAGGAGGCUACCCGGCGUCUCUGUUGUCCGAGUCGAGCAUGCCGAUCAUCCUGCCUGCGGGCAGUACAUGCUGUGUGCAGCAAGACCAUGGUCUGCCGGGAGAGUUUUGGGGGAAUACACGGGGAAGGUCGGGAGGAGCCUCCAUACAGGAGACUACGUUGCUUGCCUGAUCGGAUACGAGGGAGAUACUGCUGGAUCCCUGAGAAGUCUGCUGACUCAUUCGACCAUGAUCGGAAUCGAUGCUUCGACCUGCGGCAACGAGAUGCGAAUGAUCAACGACUACAGAUAUUGGGAGCAUUUCUCGAAGAAAGAGGAGGGUCAGUUGAAGCAGCAUGUGAAUAGAGUGGAGGACAGUGAGGCGUUGGAGGUAGAGCAGGAGCUGCUGGAGAUGAUGAUGCAAGCGGAAGAAAAAUCUCGGGCUUCGCUUGCCAUGGCCCUUAUUCUGGAACUCUUGGAAAGAGCUACUCGUAACGCAGUGUUAGGCUUGCAGGCUGCAGCCAAAGACGUAUGGAGUGUCGUGGGUGCCUCCAGCGCUCGCGGGAACCAGUACUAUGGAGGAGGGAACAUGGCUGAAGAUGUUUGCACAUGGAGGCACGACGUCGAAGGGACGGGAAUUGAACUUUGGAAGGGAUCUUUCGGCUGGUUUGACUUCAUGAACUACGACGGAGCUCCGGUGGUCCUGUGCGAUACUUGGGCUGUAUGCAUUGAAAGGCCAACUCAAGUUUUCCCUUCGGGGGGUUCGCAAUACAGCAUGUUGCGUCAAGCUGCAACGAAGAAAACGCUGGAAAACUACAAGAUCAAAGAUUUCCUUGAGGAGGUUGGAGCGCAGAAGUCCUCGGGUGGACAAGUGCAAGAAAUUCCUGCUGCAGAGGCGCUGAAAGGACUAGAGGAGGAGCUCCUCUGCGUUGGUCAACCCCGCAGCAGAGUGAUCAGCGUGACGGUUGAAGAUGCCAACCCAUCGGACACUAUCAGCAUUGCUUACCUGGAGGUCGCAAGAAGACGAUGCCUCUGGAGGGGCUCUAGUUCCGGUAGUAACACACGACUGAAGCAGCAGAUGUACUGCAACGUUGAAGUGCCUCAGCAAGACGCAAUGACUGAAGGCGCUCGGAUCGGCCCAAUCACCAUCUAUUAUGGUGGAAUCUCUUCCAACAGACGCUCGACGUGGAGGAUCGCUGUUGGGGAGAAGCUGGACGACACAGCUGAGCAUCUUAGCGUUCAUUCAGCAUACAUCCGAAUAAUCAUCUUGUGA